AGUCUUUGGCCUUGCAGGAUGAAAUGCUCGCUGGAUCACAGUGUUGAUCUUACCAUGUUUGUACCCAUGCUAAUACCUUUCAUGCCGUCAACCUCUCUCUGUAAUCACAAUGUGUAAACGCACAGUAUGCCACAUUCUGGCCCACCUCAGCAGUUCCCGCCAUUCGGCAAUCAAAUGGGUCCGCCUGGAUCUUGGCCGCCUCAGAGACCACCUCCAGGAGCACCGCUCACCAUGCCACCCCAACAGCAGCCUCCAGGCUUUCCCCCCAGAUUCAUUAACGGACCACCGCCACCAGGCUUUAUGCCUCCUCCAGGAAUGCCACUACAGGGACCAUAUGGAGCUCAAGGACUUCCUCCGGGAAUGCCGCCUCCAAUGCAUGCGCCGGGAAUUCCACUGGGCUCGAUGCCUCCCAGGCCACCACCUUCGUUCCCGCCUUCUCUUCCAGGUGGGCCGCUUUCUGCUACGAUUGCUGAUGGAACAGGAACGUCCUCUUUUUCCACAGGUACUCCCAACGCUCAGUUGAAUCAUAAUUUGAAGCAUACCCCACAUAUCACAUCAUCACCGGAUCCCACGACGCUGGCCGCUGUCUCGGGAGCAUCAACGACAACGACAGCGACAACAGUGGUUCCAUCGGCACCAACAACUACCGAUGGUAAAUCUGCGACUAGCGGUGCUGUUAGUAAGAAGGACAGCGUGCUCGUAUAUGCGAACAAUGACGUUUCUAUGGUAAGUGACCUUAAUCCAUUUUUUAUACUCUAUGCCCCUCCUCUCCUCCCUCCUCCCUCUGCCCGCCCGCCCGACAACAUACCGCUACCUAGUAUUGACUGAUUGACUGGCUGAUUGACUGGUUGAUUGACUGAUCCACUGACUUGUUUCGAUACUCUUCGUGUGUCUUUGUUAUAGGAGGAAGUCAGGGCAGGAUUGGAACGAUACCGGUAUAAACCCAAGGUGGGGUCAGCAGCAUAAGUAUUCUGUUGUCGCGCGUUUGUUCCGUUCCGUUUCUUUUUUAUUUUAUUGCAAUAUAAUAAAAAGGAAGAGAAAGGAAGAAGGGCUCAUAGCCACCAAUGCCAAAUAAGAAUAAGAAUACGAAAAUAAAAUAAAAUAAAAUAAGAUAAAAU